UGACCGCAAAAAAUAACCCCGGCGAUAAGUUCACAGAUUUAAUUUCUGCCAUAUUCGCGACUGUCCAUCUCUGAGCUUUUAUCUUGUAGCACGAAUCUGAGGAGUGAGAGCACUGUUUUGAACAGCGAUAUAAACAGAUUAGUUAGCUAGCCGACUUUAUUAAAGAGACAGAUGUCCCGAUGAAUUGUGCAUAAAGUUGCGACUGCGUAUUUUCCCGAGGACACAGCUGCUCUCGGUUGCCUGCAUUUAAGGGAGUUUCCCAGGACAGAAGACCAGAAGCCCAAACAUUCUCGCUGAAGUGAAGGACAUAAGGAUGGCCAAGCUGUCUUUCAGGAGCGGGUUGAUUGGCUAGUUUAAUUGUUUCACCAACAGAUCCAUCGUGCACCAGCCCAUCGGUGUCGGUACACGUUAGACACCCACAGACACUCGUACAGAAGAAGGCUCCUGCUCUUGCAUUUAGAUACCCACAGCAGAGCACAAACACCCCUGCAAAACCAGAAGGGUCAAGCGCCCAGCUCUCAACCCGGCUCACUGUUAGCUGACACCGCUGCACCGCCACCGAGGCCCAGGAGCGGCGGGAUUCGGCAGCAUGGCAAGUGUGCGCCCGUAUGGCCAUUUCACCCAUGCAGUGGUCCGAGGCAUUCCGGAGUCCUUCGGGAGGAAGGCGGAGGGGGGCGAGACAGACGGGGAGUGCGAGACAGACCUUGCCAAGGCGCAGCGGCAGUUCGGGGUGCUGACGGGGGCGCUGAGGCAGAAGGUGGGGCUCCAGCUGAUCGAGAUCCCCCCUGACCCCAAUCUCCCGGAGAGCUGGAGGAUCGAGGACGUGGCCGUCAUCCAGGGCGACACGGCACUCAUCACGCGGCCGUGGAAACAGCAGCGGCGCAGUGAGGCUGAGGCGUUGAGGCGGGUGCUGUCCGAGCUCAAUCUGACUGUAGUGGAGAUGGGGGGUGAAGAGGGGGGCUCAGGAGGGGCGACUUUGGAGGGCAGCGACGUUCUGUUCACGGGGAAGGAGUUCUUUGUUGGCAUCUCCUCCCACACCAACCACAGGGGAGCCGAAGUUCUGGCUGACACAUUCAGGGACUUUGCCGUGUCCACCGUGCCAGUGUGUGGCGGUGCCCGUCUGAAGAACGUGUGCUCCAUGGGGGGUCCCAACACCAUCGUCAUCGGCAACAGCGAGGGAGCCAAGAAAACUCUGAGGACGAUGGAGCAGCUGACGGACCAUCAUUACGAGGUCCUCACGGUCCCUGAGGACAUGGCCGCCAACUGCAUCUACGUCAGGGGUGCCUCCAAGAUGGACUUCCUCCUCCACAGGCCCACAGAGGAGUGUCCCAACAGCGCCCCCGCCUUCCAGAAACUGACGGACUACACCCUCCUCCCCACAGCCUGCAGUGAGGCCUUCAAGCUUGGGGGGGUGCUCUCCUCUUUUUGCCUGCUCAUCAACCGCAAGCUCCAGAUUUAGACACACCUCCUCUGAGCUGUAAUCCUCCCUCCCAGCCAAUCAGAAGGGCUGGUUCUGAGUGUAUUACGACAUUGUAGCUUCUCAACCCUGGUCCUAGUGGGCCUUCAGUAUCUGCAGUUUUUACUCCGCAAAAAAAAAAAAAAAGCUUAACUACCAGUUUCUGAUGAUCGGGGCCCUAACCAAACCAUUUUAACAUCCAUCCCCUGUUUUAAGCUGCAUUUUGUCCCUGGAUUUUGUCCCAGAAGGACCAGAGUUGAGCACCAAAGGUAUUCCAGGGGCCGGGGCUGGUGGGAGGGGUUUACAGGAUAGUGCUCUGCAGAUUCUGCGCAGACGAGGCAGCAGCCCGGACAGCAUGAGCAGAAUCUGCACAGCCCGAUCCGGUUGGUCAGACCCAGUGUGUGUUUGGUGAUGGGUGAUUCUGGAUGUUUUUUUUUGAGGGGGAGAUUGUCGGUUUUUCUGAAUUUUGGAGUACAUUUAUUGUUUUGUGUCUCCUUUGACAGGCACUGACAGGCAUAAUCUGUCCUGGUAAAUGAAGAGAAAUUCUUUUUUUUUUUUCCCCUGGUAUUCAAACACACAGGAUGUGAAGCUGAGUGAGUAAAUGCAAAUGACCUGAACCCUCAGUUUCAGGUUGCACAUUUGAUCCGAGUUACAUAAUGUGAAGAGUACAGGAAAACCACUUUUACGAUUUUGUGUUGUAUAAUUUCAGUGAUGUAUUUUAGAGGAUCAAAAAAUGUCCAUUUCCGACACACAAAAAUGUGAAUCCCGUGUUCUGGCUUUUGGUGCUAUCGGCACCCAAAUUCACACGCCCGUUUUCAGUAAAGUCAGUGUGGUCUUGAAUAUCUAAGGGUAAGAGACAAGAUAAAGGACAUCCAUGUGCCACAAAUGGAGCUUGAAGAGAGCUGUGGUCGUGUGUACAGACAAGCUUAAAAAGGCUAAAAGGCCCAUGUAAUAGUCUUCCUGCUCCUUGGUUUGGCAGCGUGGGGAGUUUAGCUUUAAGGGUGAAGCUUUUACUCGUGGGUUGAUUGUUGUAUCCUCAAGCAAGGCACUUCCCCCUCAUUACUUCAGUUAGACAGCUGUGUGAAGAGAUAUAAAAUACACUCAAAGCUGAGGGCGUUUGCUUUAACAGCCAGGAGGGGGUCAAGUCCAACCACACGAAUCCACACUUCACACCUUUUGUGUAAGAUUUUUUCCAGCUGCUGGUUUUGUA